AUGGGUUUGCGUACGAUGCUCCGAUCCACUCUCGUCUCGCUAUCCUCACUUUCCUCCUCCGCUCCUAUAGAAGUCAUAACAACAUGCUUCAUCCUGGUCACCCUCGUCUACUUCCAGCUCCUCCAUGCGAUCAAGGGAUCGGAAUUUUUCAACAUCCCCUCUGCCUCUCCACCACCUCGUCCAGUCCACCUCGUCCGUCUAUCGCAUCCACCACAACUCGAUGAAUCAGCUUAUGGUCUACCCAGCACCAGUUCCAGGCUGGCCAAUCAUUUCAACACUGCUACACCGUGGAGUGGAGAAGAUUGGCAGCCUGUGACUGUAGGAGAUUUCAGAAGAGUAUUAGAAGCGAAUGCAGUAGAAGGUGGAUAUGUGUUUGAUGAGAAGAUCGGAGGUAACCCAGCUGGCGAGAAAGCCGCUGUGGUGUUGGUGAAACAGAUCGUGUUGGUCAAAGAAGAUGAGAGUGAAUCGACGGGUCAAUGGGAGAAUUGGCUAUUGAAUGAUUUCGGUGUAGAAUUUGGAGGUUCAAAAUACACUUAUAAAGAUUUAUGUUUCGAUUGUUCAAUCGAACCUACCUUGACUCAGCAUCCUUUACAUCCAUCUCAAUUUGUCUUGACUCUUUUCCUACAAGCUCCUACACCCUACACACCGACUCUACCAUAUCUUCAUGGUCUAGGUAAAUUACCUCCUUUCACCCCUCCUCAUUCCAACACAACUUUCAGGAUCCUCACCCCCGCAAGCACAAGUUGGGGCUUUUUACCCAGCUUCGACGGUGCAGGAUUAUUUUCAAACUUCGGUGAUGGUCUCACCCAAAGUGAAAAGGAGGAUGAAGAUGCGCUAUACGGGCUGAGGAAUGUCAGAUGGUUCGCCUACGCUGUCAGAGCUUUUGGCGUUCGUUUUUGGAAUUUGGCAAAGAACGCUGAUUCCGCGGACAUCUUCGUCGUCUUGCUUGGGUAUGUGCUGAUGCAUGGUGUGUUUGUGCACUUGUUCAUUGGUAUGAGGAAUAUAGGAAGUUCAUUCUGGCUUCCCGUGGCCACUUUGGUAUCAUCUACAUUCGCAUUCCUCGUCGCCCUCUUAGCAGCAUACUUACUCAAUGUACCAAUCGAUCCCAUCUGUCUAUCAGAAGCGUUGCCCUUCUUAGUCAUCACAGUUGGUUUCGACAAACCUUUCUGGCUCGCCAAAGCGGUAUUACAAAACCCAGAUAUUGCUCCUGUUCCCACUUCCCCCGAAAUGUCUCCUGUAGACGAUAUCAUCGACGAAACAGGUCUUGGACUAGAUCUCGGAACUUUGCAUAAGGAACUCGCUCCAUUAGAAAGGUUACAGAGAUUAGCAGAAGGGAAAGUCAGAUGGGCUGCACCGGUUGCAGCUAAGAAGAUCGUCGUAGAUGCUGUAAGAAAGGCCGGUGUCAGAAUUGUGAGGGAUUAUGCUAUCGAAAUUGCAGUGUUGAGUGUAGGAGCAGCAAGUGGAAUCGGCGGUUUAAGAGAGUUCUGCUAUCUUGCCGCACUCAUUAUGGCUGUCGACUGCGUUUUCCUAUUCUCUUUCUACGUGGCUAUCCUCAGUGUCAUGGUAGAGGUCCAUCGAAUCAAACUCAUCCGAGGCAACCGACGUGCUAAGCAUCUUCGACGUAAUUCAAGUCAUGCCUCUCUCAACGCUGCCUCUAUCUCACCAUCGCCUACCGGUAAAUCGUUCUCAUCUACAGAUGCUGAUGGACAGCCUAAGAACCCAAUGGUCCGAUUGAAGCUUCUCCUCAUCGUCUCAUUCCUUACCCUACAUAUCCUCAACCUUUGUACCACUCUUACCGAACAGACAGCUUUGAAGAGACAUUCCACCCACUCUGUACCCAAUGUCACCCCACGUGCAAUGCUAGAUCCUCGAAGUCCUACUCUCUCUCCUAUGUUGCAGGCAUUAUACGACAAUCAACCUCCCGAGACCGAUAUGGCUGUCCAGAUAAUACCCGCAACCAAUGUCGUCAUGUCAAGCGAGGAUUACACCCCUUCGAGAAUGGCCACCAUCGACCAAUUCAUGAGCGAGUGGACUCAACUUGUUGGUGAUCCAGUUUUGAGUAAAUGGAUCGUCGUCACACUCGGUAUCAGUGUUUUGUUGAACGGUUAUCUCAUUAAAGGUAUCGCAUCCAACUCUAUGGGCGGUAAAGGGCCAGUCGCAGCUGCUGCUCAAAUUCUCGUCGGUGUCUUCGAAUCUGCCGAAAAGAGUGACAGGGAAAGGAAAGCAGCCAGUAAAUCUGCCACUCCCAGGGGCAAGCUUCCAGCCAACUACACGCAUCCUGCACCUGGCAAAGAUGGCGAGAAGACACCGAAAGGCGAUGAACGACCCAAUGGUAAUAUCGGUCAGAUCAUGGUCCCGCCAGCUCCCAAAGUUCCAAUUAUCACUGAACCUUCUCCGCCUAUCCCUAAAUCCGACUCAAGCUCUUCUCUUCAAUCGAUGCACUUUGGUCGACGAUCCCUGGAAGAAUGUAUCGACAUCUAUGCUGGAGGUGUUGGAUCUAACAACCUUUCCGAUGAAGAGAUCAUCCUGUUGGUAGAGAAAGGCAAGAUCGCACCUUACGCUCUGGAAAAGGUGUUGAAGAAUCUCGAACGAGCUGUAAGAGUCCGACGAGCCGUCAUUUCUCGAUCAUCGGUCACCCGAACUUUGGAAAACAGUCUUUUGCCUAUGGCCGACUACGAUUACAAGCAGAUCAUCGGAGCGUGCUGCGAGAAUGUCGUCGGUUACAUGCCUCUUCCCGUUGGUAUCGCUGGUCCAUUGAAUGUCGAUGGCGAACUACUGCAUAUUCCUAUGGCUACGACGGAAGGUACUCUGGUCGCAUCGACCUCACGAGGAUGUAAAGCUCUGAAUUCCGGUGGUGGGGUCACAACAGUCUUAACUCAUGAUGCCAUGACUCGAGGACCUGCCAUCGAUUUCCCUUCUGUGGUAUUAGCGUGUGACGCUAGAUUAUGGAUAGAUUCCAAAGAGGGAUUCAGCAUCUUGAAAGCUGCUUUCGACAGUACAUCUCGGUUCGCAAGAUUACAAACUUUAGAAUGUGCUUUGGCAGGUAGGACUCUAUAUGUCCGAUUUGCUACUCAGACUGGAGACGCGAUGGGGAUGAACAUGAUUUCCAAAGGAGUGGAAAAAGCUUUGGAAAUUUUAAGAGAAAGAUACCCGGACAUGCACGUUUUGGCUUUAUCGGGUAAUUAUUGUACGGAUAAGAAACCCGCUGCGAUCAAUUGGAUAGAAGGUAGAGGUAAAUCCGUUGUGGCCGAGGCCGUCGUACCAGGACAUAUAGUGAAGAGUGUCUUGAAGACCACAGUGAAGGAUUUGUGUAAUUUGAAUAUCAAGAAGAACUUGAUUGGAAGUGCGAUGGCGGGAAGUAUAGGUGGUUUCAAUGCUCAUGCUGCGAACAUAUUGACUGCUAUGUAUCUCGCAUGCGGUCAAGAUCCAGCUCAGAAUGUCGAAUCAUCCAAUUGUAUGACAUUGAUGGAACCAACCAACGACGGUGCCGAUCUAUUGAUAUCAUGCUCAAUGCCAUCGAUCGAAGUGGGAACCGUAGGAGGAGGUACGAUCCUGUCCCCUCAACGAGCAAUGUUAGAGAUGCUGGGAGUGGCCGGUGCUCAUCCUACCACACCUGGAGCCAACGCCCAACGACUGGCCAGGAUAAUAUGUGCGGCCGUCAUGGCUGGAGAACUGUCUUUGAUGUCUGCUCUAGCGGCUGGACAUCUCAUUCAAGCUCAUAUGAAACAUAAUCGAUCGGCACCUGUCACUCCUGGUGCGGUCACCCCUUUCGGAGGUAUCACACCGUUGAGAGAAAGUAUGUUAAUCAAUGGACCUCCUCCGAAGGGGCUGAGUCCUGUCACUGCUACUAGACAGACUUUUUAG